AUGUCUCCUACGAUACUUGAAACUACUACUACAUCCGAUGGACGUCUCCCAGUUACCCUGCUAAGCGGGUUUCUGGGUUCGGGCAAGACGACGCUCCUGAAGAACAUUCUAACAUCUCCCGACCACGGUCUCCGCAUAGGGGUUAUAGUCAAUGACGUUGGCGCGUUGAACAUCGACGCAGCCCUUCUAUCCGCACAUGACGUAACUCGUAAGGAGGAGCAGGUUGUGGCCAUGCAGAAUGGCUGCAUCUGCUGCACUCUUCGGAGUGAUCUACUCGAAGAGGUUGCGAGACUGGCAGAAGAGAAACAAGUCGAGUACCUGGUCAUCGAGAGCUCCGGGGUUAGCGAGCCAAUGCAGGUCGCCGAAACGUUUUCAGAAGAGUUUGCCGACAUGCACAUCGCCGCAGGCUAUGAUAUCGAAGCCGAAGAUCGAGAUGCCGGGGAGAAGAACAAGAAGCUUGCUAAGAUUCUAAAGGCUGGUGGAUUAUCCAAGGUUGCGCGCCUGGAUACCUGCGUUACACUGGUAGACGCCGUCAAUUUCGUGCAGGAUUUCGCGACAGCGGACUUUCUUGUAGACCGCCAAACUGACGCCCCCGAGGAGGAUGAUCGCAACAUAUCUGACCUGCAGGUAGAUCAAGUCGAGUUCGCCGACAUCGUUGUCGUGAACAAGUGUGAUCUGGUGUCUAGGCACGAGGUGAAUCGGAUAAAAGGGGUCGUCGGCAAGCUUAAUCCCAACGCCAAGGUUGUCUCUACCGUUGGAUCCCAGCUUGACCUAACGGAGAUUCUCAAUACUCGACUCUUCUCUUACGAGAAGGCGGUCCUUAGCGCCGGGUGGUUAAGAAGUUUGCACGAGGAGAUCAAUCCAGAAACGGAGGAGUAUGGCAUAGGCACGUUUGUAUAUCGAGCACGUCGUCCUUUUCAUCCCGCCCGACUAUGGGACAUGAUCAAGUCUGUAUUUGUCGUUAUUCAAACAGAAUAUGAGGCUGAGGGUGAGGAUAUGGAAGUGGAUGGGGAUAUUUCCGGAGACGAGUAUGAUGAAGAUGACGAUAAUGACGAUAACGAAGAUAGCGACAAGGAAGACCAACCUCAGCUCAACCCUAAAGCUAGAUUAGCCUCGAAGAUGGAGGAUCAGACUUUUGGACCGCUAUUACGAUCCAAAGGAUUUCUCUGGCUAGCAACUAGACCUAAGAUGUACGGCGAAUGGUCACAGGCAGGUGUAAUGCUGACUAUAUCCGGACAAGAUCUCUGGCGCUGCGAGGCUCCGGAAAACGAAUGGCCGGCGGACCCGGAGACGAGGGAAGCUAUAACACGUGAUUUCGAGGGAAAGUGGGGAGAUCGUCGACAAGAGCUGGUCUUUAUCGGCCAAGAGAUGAAGGCUGGUGGCGAAACACGUCUUCGGAAAGCAUUUGAUGCGUGUCUUUUGGACGAUCAGGAGUUUCGUGACUGGGAGACGGCCAUGGAAUCUGAUGACGUGCAGGAAUCGUUGGAAGAACUGUUUGAGGAUGGAUUUGAAGAUUGGAUCGAAACUAGCCACGAGGGUCAUGAUCAUUAA